AUGCCUGCACGCAGCGUGGUGUCUGACAACUUUUCCAACAACAAAGUCAGAUAUUCACGAUUGGCUUCUGACGAUGACGGCUACAUUGAUUUACAGUUCAAAAAGAGCCCACCCAAAGUGCCGUACAAAGCCAUCGCCCUUGCCGCUGUGCUCUUCUUAAUAGGGUCUUUGUUAAUUGUCAUCGGUUCUCUUCUCCUCGCCGGGUACUUUGGAGUCACUCAUUCAGACAGAACUGUGCCUGUUCUCAUCAUUGGAAUCCUCGUCUUCCUCCCGGGGAUUUACCAUCUACGGAUCGCUUACUAUGCAUCAAAAGGUUAUCCAGGAUACUCCUAUGAUGAUAUACCGGAUUUUGAUGAUUAG